AUGAAGAUCGCCGCCCUUAUCGCAGCCUUGCUCACCUACACCUGUUCUGUACUCGCCCAACAAAACCGAUGGGACCAGUGCGGAGGCCAAGGCUGGACAGGAGGCACUAAUUGCAUCACACCAGGAUGGACGUGCCAGGUGCAGAAUCCUUGUGAGUCUACCCCACCAAUAUUUGCUAGGCUUCACAGGCUCACAAGUGCCUUCACAGAUUACUCACAAUGCUUGGACGGUGGUAGCGGCGGUGGCGGGGGCGACGGUGGAGAUAAAAGCGCUCAAGCUAGUGGUGCUGGAGGUGGAGGGUCCCAAGCAGCAAGUCCCGCCGCCAUCCCAUCACCAAGUCAAUCUGCUGCUGGAGACAAUACCGGUCGUACCGCGGACUUUUCAUCAUUCCUGGCGCAGAACACGACUGGUGGUGCAGGAGGUAGCGGCGGGGCUGGAGCUGGCACUCAGGAGAAGAGCGCCCAAGCUGUAGAUACUUCUGGCUCUGGCUCCGGCUCUGGUACCACUACUACCGGCGACGACGAAACCGAAGAAUCCGACGAAUGCGAAACCGAAGACGCCUCGCCCAGCGGUGCCGCCCCAGCGAGCGCCUCAUCCUCCGUUCAGCCCGGCGGCGUGCAUAAUCCCACCAACUACAAAUCCUUCCUGCAAACCGGCGGGACGUCAACCGCGGCCAAUGGUGCUGGGGGUGGCACAACGCUCGGCACAUCUGGCGCCACCGAGGGCGGCAUCCAACAAGUCGGCGCCGGCACGACCAACGAGACUGGAGCGGCGUUGGCCGGAGAAGCCGCGGGUGGAGGCAGCUUCCAAUUCUUGCAGAGUAAGGAGAUCGUGCCGUAUACAGCCACAGGGGCGGAUGGGGGCAAAUAUCCACUCCCAUUGAAAGCGCCGAACUUGGCCACAACUACUGCCUACGGUCCCGCAACCGCCGACUCCGGCUCCGCCUGCGGCUGCAAAGGCGUCUGGCAGAACGGCGCCACCGGCUUCACGACCGCGGCGCCCUCCGCGGCUGUGUACGGGCAAGACUACAAAGGCGAAGGCUGCGGCACGUGUUUCAAACUCACCAACACGGGCCUUCCCCCUGCGACGAGGAUUCCUGCGGAAUCCAAGCCAGCCACAAGGGCGAGACGGUGGUGGUUAUGGUGA